AUGACCACCACCCCAACUCCACCUGGGCUUGUUCCACCGCCUGUGCCCAACCGCGUUCUGGACGAUCCUGAUGACUGGGAGUACUUCGGUGAAGGAGCAAACAAUGUCCUGUACCGGUAUGUGGGAGCGGACACAUUCUUUAAACCAUAUCUCCUGCGUCUUCGAAAGCUCUUACCAGGAUCGCCUACGACCCAAAAGCUCCACAAUCAUCUGCACGGGCGCUUUGGCCCAUUGAUGGGUGAAUACCUAAUGCGUACUGAGAUUAUCGCACUCUCGUCGUUCCUAAUCCCCGCGUUGAACUUACUUCUAAAGUCGAUCGAUGAGGACGAACAACCCACUGACUGGGCUGGACGCCCUGUUAAUCCCCCUAAGAAGAAGAGAAGACUUUUGGACGAGAAAGAACCCUGGGGUUUGCUAGUGGAAGACAUGAGUUGUGGGAACUACCUUUAUCUCUACCCGCCGGCUCCCCCGCGUCGCCAGGCAGAAAUGGAUGAUGAUGAGGAUGAAGAUAUGGACAUGGAGGGCGAAGAUGAGGGUGAAAUCUGGAAGGACAUGGCCAUGAUUGAGUUUAAACCAAAAUGGUUAACCCAAUCUCCCAAUGCCCCGGCAAAUUGGAAAUUAUGCCGGACCUGUGCUGUGCGCCUUAUGCAGCACCACAAGAACAAGGAGCGCCAGGGGCAGAUUGAAGAGGAGCACGAACCUGAAGCCGCAGAAUUCUGCCCGCUUGAUCUCUCCUCCGGCGAUCCUGCACGGAUUGAAAAAGCAACCUUUGCGAUUGUCAACAUGGACAACGCGGUCAUGAUUGCUGACCCAACACCGCCUUCCGACGACGACGAGGGCGAGGACUCCUCUCCGCUGCCACCGAACAUCAACGAGCAACUUGCAGGGGCGCUAUCAAACUCGCUGGUUACUCUCCUUACAAACUUUUUCCGGACAUCGCCUGUCAUCCCGCUUUUGACGCAGCUGCAAUCACGCUUUGGGUCUCGUGGCGUGUUCACGUCCGCCACGCUGCAGUUGAUGGGCGAUAAUGAGACGCUGCCGUCGGAGGAGGAUUUGAAACGUGCUGGUAUGGCAACGGGUGAGAUAUACGAGAACAUCGUUGCGGAUGAGGACGAUAUCUGGACGGCAAUGACACUAAGGGACUGUUCGUUAUUCUUGAAGGUGUGGGUCAGGAAGCGGCGGGGAAGGGGCAUGGAGGCAAAGAUCGAUUGCAAAAUAGGCGAUUUGGACCUGAAGGGCGGUGAAGGCGGAAGGGCAGUCUACUGGAGAGAUGUGGAGAGACGGUUGAGAAUGGGCGGGUGGUACACAGGCAAAGACGUUUCGCGAAACUGCAGAACGGGUGAGGACUAG